AGGCCAUCGAGCUAAGUCAAACCUCUCGCUGCGUCGCGCUAGAAAAUCGCCUGGUUCAAGCUCGCCGACCUACCAACGUGGAAGCAGAGCAAAGCAGCAGGAGGCGGAGGGCUAGCGAGCGCAAAUGCGAGCUCCAAGUUCUACCUCGUCACACCAUUCAUUGGGAAGUUGAAGCAUUGGAUCAAUGAGAACAAGAAGAAGAGAAUGGCAGAAGACGCUGCCUCGAGUAGCAUGUCAGCGCAGGACAAUAUGCCGCCUACUGGACCUGCUGCCAUGCGAGAGACGCAAGGUCCGCCGACCGAGCCUGCAGCGAUGCGAGCUUCUACGUCGACAAACGGGGCCCAGUCAAAAGCGUCAACAGCAUCAGCAGGACCGCUCUUUGCUGAUCCUGCCUCGAGCUGGCCUCUGAGCGCUCCGGCGAAGGCGCCAGUAUCAGUUGCGGAAGUCGCGCCGUCUGCUGCCGCGCCAAGAGACGAUUCAGCUGCGCUCAUGGCGAUGCUGCAAGGCUCUCUCAACCUCCAGCCCUCAGUUGAUGAGCCGGCAGCAUCGUCAUCAGAUUUGUCCACCAGCCCGUCCCCACUACCGGCUCCUCGGCCGCAAAAGUCGUCCACUCAAACCCUGAAAUUGCUCGAGAUGCUCAGUCCGGGCAGUCCACAGAGAGGGGGCGAGCAACAUCUGUCAGCGGCACAAAGCUCAUCGUCUGGCCCAUCACAGUCAUCAGCUCUGCCGCCCCUCUCAGCAGAAGAGCAGGAGCGGCAGAGGAAACGCGAGCUACUGCUGCAGGCUCUUAUGGGCGGUGCGAAUGGCGGGAUGAAGGAUGAGUCCCUUCAAGAAGCGCCAUCGCUCCCACAGUUGAACGGCAGUCAUACGGGAAGUGCGCCACAAGCUUCGACCUCAUCUUCAAAGGAGGACGCUCUUCUAGCCUUGCUUUCGCCCCAGGCCAGCCAUCCUCCCGCGCCACCCGCUCACGCGCACGUACAAAGAUAUUCAGCGGGCGGCCCACCCGGCCCACCUCCGUCGCAGCAGAAUGGCCUCCCUGCGCAGCCCAGAACUGGACCAGGCGGUGCAGGUACGGCUGACGAUGCUGGUCGGAACGACCUCCUUGCAAUGCUCAAUGCAGGGCCCAUGCGUACCGGGCCGCCUCCUGGCGCAGCGCAAACAUCCACCGCGAUGGGUAUGCCCUCGUCAUCUCAAGCUGGUCCUCACAUGUCACCGUCCGCAAAUUAUGCAUGGGGCCCACCACCACCACGACCACCACAUGACUUCCCACCCCAGCAUGCUGGAUUCGCAGGCGCGUCACCUCUGAUGCCUCAUCAGAUGGUUCCACCGCCCCACCACCAGCAUCACCACGCGCCACAUGGUCCUCCUAUCCAUCCCGGCGGGCCCAAUAUGAGCCCAGCCGCCAUGCACGCUCGAGCCGCGCCUCCUGCGGCGCCUAUGAUGCCCCCGCCGCACCAUGUCCAUCAGCAACACGCAGCCGGCGCGCCGCCCACGUCAAUGCCGCCUUUCAACCAGCCCGGAGCUGGGCCAGCAGCAGGCGGAGCCGCUCACCUCCUUGCCCAACUGCAGCCACGCCCACCUCCCCCUCAUAUGUCGCCUUUGCCCCAGCAUCACGCGCCGCCGCACCUACUUCACCAGCAGCAGCAUUUCUCACCUCCUGCGCCUCAGCCGCCGAUGCCGCACGCAUUCUCCGGGCAGAGAACACAUCUAUCUCCUGCUGCCCAGCACCACCUCCAGCAGCUCUCUCCACAAAGACCGCCUCAACAGGUUGGAGGAGGCGGGCAGCCGCAGUCCCUCUUGGCUCUGCUCAACGGGUCGUGAGGCGCAGUCGAGAAGCCCGACGGAGGGGAGAGCGGGAAGUCAUGUGAGGCAGAGAGAGGCUGCGAGGUGAUGCCAUGUAUUACACCGGGACGAGCGAACGAGGGACCGAGCGAAGAGGAGCAGGGAGCCUGGCCGG